ACGUCAAGGGGACGCAACCAUCCACGCCUCUUCAAGCCGCCCUGCUGCAGCCCCGUGCUGGUUCUCAGGGCGGCAGCAGCUUCGAGUCCAGAGGCAGCGACAUGAGCAGCAUGUUGAAGGUUCUUCCCCUCAAGACUAGUCUCACCCCAAGUUCUCAAGAGGAGAGCAACCAGGAGGAUGAGGGCCAGGACAGCUCCCCCACAUGGCCGGAUUCGGGCUCCAGCCCAGAGGAGGAGUGCACGGCUGGCUACCUGACCCUGUGCAAUGAGUAUCGGCAGGAAAAGAUCGACCCGGGGUCCCUGAGUGAGGCGUCUGUCAUGCGGCCUGACGGGGAGAAUGCUGACACCCUGGCUACGGGGAGUUUCCCAGCACCCCUUGCUGCUGACAGUGUGAGCCCUAGCACACAGCUCAGGUUCUCCCCUGGAGAUAAGGGCCUAGAAGCCGUUUGUUCCCCUCGGACAUCUGAUUCCCUCGCUAGGUCAAAGAGCAGCCCUAUGGAAUUCUUUACAGUAGACAGUAAGGACAGCACGAGUGAACUCCUGGGACUGGAUUUUGGUGAGAAAUUGCACAGUCUGAAACCAGAACCUUCGAAAUCUCUCUUUACCCUUGAGGAUGGAGACAGCCCUUCCCAGAGUUUUAAUGCCAGCGAAAGCAAGGGGGACAGGGAAGCUCAGGACUCCAUCAGCAGGGGCUCAGAUGACUCCAUCCCAGUCAUUUCAUUCAAAGAAGCUGCUUUUGAGGGUGUCGGUGGAGCUGAAGAAGGAAGGCCUGACCUUCUUGUCAACCUCCCUGGUGAGCUGCAGUCAACCAGAGAGGCCUCAGCAGCGGGCCCUACUGAGUUCUCAUCGGCCAGUCCCGGAAGGCUGGAAAGUAAACUGUUAGAAGCCCCAGAUGUGUUAUGCCUGAGGCUGAGUUCUGAACAGUGCCAUGACCUGGGGGAAGAUGGCCCAGAGGAACUGAGUGAUCCUAGUAGGUUUCUGCCUGGUGGUGUGACCCCAAAGCACCAUCCUCAGGCCGAUCUUGGAGUGUUAUUCAAGGCUGAUGUCGGUCACGGUAGCUCAGGAGACCAGUUUCUGUUACCCAGCUUGCAUCUGGGGUCUGAAGGGUGGGGCCAGGUGGAGGCAGUGGUCCCUGCACAGGACUCGGGAGAAAGCCGGCUUCCCCACUCUAGCCUACACUCAGGUGCUAACGAACACAGCACACACACGGCUGCUGCCACAGUGGAGGAAGUGCUGCUGUUCCCAGCACGGACUAAAGAAGAGCCAAGCUCUCUAUUCCAGAGAGACCCAGAGACCCAGCAGCAAAGUGCGCGAGCCCUGGGGGCAGAAAGGGAAAUUCACCAGAUUUUUGAGGACCUUGAUAAGAAGUUGGCAGUAAGCACCCAGUUCCUCAUCCCGGAGGGCUGCGUUCAGAGAUGGGCAGCUGAGAUGGUGGUGGCCCUUGACGCCUUGCACAGAGAGGGGAUUGUGUGCCGCGAUCUGAACCCAAACAACAUCUUACUGAACGAUGGAGGACACAUUCAGCUAACGUAUUUUAGCAGGUGGAAUGAGGUUGAAGAUUCCUGUGACAGCGAUGCCGUAGCGAGAAUGUACUGUGCCCCAGAGGUUGGAGCAGUCACAGAAGAAACAGAAGCCUGUGAUUGGUGGAGCCUGGGUGCUGUCCUCUUCGAACUUCUCACUGGCAAGACCUUGGUGGAAUGCCACCCAGCAGGAAUAAAUACGCACACUACUUUGAACAUGCCAGACUGUGUUUCUGAAGAGGCUCGCUCACUUGUUCAACAGCUCUUGCAGUUCAACCCUAUGGAGCGUCUGGGUGCCGGAGUGGCUGGGGUCGAAGAUAUCAAAUCUCACCCAUUUUUCACCCCCGUGGAUUGGGCAGAACUGACAAGAUGAGCAUCAUGUGGCGUGUUCUUACGAGACAGGGCUCCAGGAGUGGCUAACCUUCAGUCACCCUCCA